AUGGAGAAGAGGGGGAAGCAGAUCUACGCAGUAGCAGCUCUUUUAAUGAGCUUUAUUAGCAGCAUCUAUUCUCUCUCUGUCACCGUAAACGACGUCGAAUGUGUUUACGAGUAUGUCCUCUAUGAAGGCGACACCGUUUCCGGCAACUUCGUUGUUGUCGAUCACGACAUCUUCUGGGGCUCCGAUCACCCCGGCAUCGAUUUUACUGCAACCUCUCCUGGAGGUAAUACAGUGCACACUAUAAAGGGGACAUCUGGAGAUAAGUUUGAGUUCAAGGCUCCAAGAAGUGGAAUGUACAAAUUCUGUUUUCACAAUCCCUACUCAACACCUGAGACUGUCUCGUUUUAUAUUCACGUGGGCCAUAUUCCCAACGAGCAUGACCUUGCCAAAGAUGAGCAUUUGGACCCAAUUAAUGUUAAAAUUGCUGAGCUGAGGGAGGCAUUGGAGUCUGUUACGGCAGAGCAGAGGUACUUGAAAGCCCGUGAUGCUCGACAUCGUCAUACUAAUGAGAGCACAAGGAGGCGUGUCAUAGCCUACACGGUUGGAGAGUACCUUUUACUGGCCGCUGCCAGCACACUUCAAGUCGCUGAAUUCGAUAAGAUAAUAGAUGAGUUUAGACAACUUUUGCACAAAUGCGAGCUGGUGAUUAAGCGCGAGACUGGAGCUGCCAAUCGAGAUGCUAAUAAGAAACAAGAACGCGUUAACAUAACUUAA